AUUAUCAUAAUAAAGAAAUUAAAAUUUUUGCCAAGAAACCUUUUCCAUAUGAACCUGUUGUAUUGAAGGGCCAACUUGUUGAUGGGAUUUAUCUUUCUUGUUUUAUAUGUAACUCGGUCAUGUGUUCCUUAAACUCAAAGUCCUACAUUGAAGUCGUUAUCUUACAUAUAAACUUCAUAUUGCCACCACGCAGGCGGUUUAUGACUUUCUUUUGGUGCCACUCUGAGACAGAGUCUUGAUAUUUUUUUGCACCUUUGUCCUUGUAUCCAACAUUAUCAAAGUUCACAUCAUAAUUUCCAUCCACCCUCACCUCACUGUAGCAGAGGGUAGAAAUGCAUCUUGCAGUUUCAUGCACUCAACAACCUUGCGCAACCUGAGUUCCCAGCUGUAAAUGGUGUGAUAUACCACCCCCACUCUUGAUGUGGCAUGCAGGACAGUAAACAGUUUUCAGCCCAGGGCAUUCCAGUAGAUGUGAGACGUCUGAGGAGCAAAGACAGAGGGUGUGGCAAGAAAUGGGAAAGUAAACAAUUAUUCUUCCAACAGCUAGCAGUGCGACAGCACAGACUUUCUACAGAAUAGAUUCAAUGGUGAGCUCUGUCGUACUCCAGUCACAGUCCUGUCUGUUCUUUUUUAAGAAACCUCGCCUGGUCCCGCUGUGACAGCCUAUCAUUCCAACCUCAUUCAGCACAAGUAGAAGCGUUUGGCAGCAUGUUUGGAUUCCCAGGGAGCGGAGCCAAGUCGUACUACUGGUUGACCCUGCUGUCAGGACUGGUAGAGAGUUUGUUCUUCUCAGGGAUGGCCUUUGGCUGGGCUUCUCUCGUGUUUGUGCUUAAAGUGGAUGGAUACUUUGCUGGAUACUGUGUCAACACUACCAGAGAUUCUGACAAUGCUGUGUAUAUAGAUUGCAUGGGUCAGGAUGAGCAGUUAUCUCUAGUCAUGUGUGUCGCUCUUAUCACAAACACACUAAUACGCUUCCCUAUUGGAUGUGUCUUCGACCACUUUGGGACUACAGCAACAAGGCUAAUAUCAAUAAUCUUGUACACAACUGGUGCACUGUUCAUCACACUGUUAAAUGAAGAUACAGUUAUACUGCUGUACCCUGCCAUGUCGUGUCUCAUUUUAUCUGGUACCAUCCUCCACAUCACUAAUGCACAGGUGGGGAACCUGUUCCACCUCUAUCGCUCCACCAUCAUAACUGUCUACAAUGGAGCCUUUGACUCCUCUGCCGCAGUGUUUCUUGUCGUAAAGUUGCUUCAUGAACGAGGAGUGUCUCUGUAUCUGUCGUUUCUCUUUCUCACCUCGUGUAGCUCCAUCCUGCUUCUACGAACUUUCUUUUUAAUGCCCAGAGGACACAUCCCCUACCCGCUGCCGGAGUCAUACACAUAUGGGGUAAGAUGCCCUGGAAGUAAAAAAAAGGAAAAUAAUGAGACAGAAGAAAUGAAGGACCAGAAAGACCUCGAGAAGACACAGAAAGACCAGCAGACUGACGGAGCAAAGCCAGAGCACGAGCCCAAGAACGAGGAAGUGGCUAGUUUCCGGAGCUGUGUCUUGUCCUGGCUCUUCCUGUGGCACCUGGUGUGGGUGAUCACCAUCCUCUUCUGUCAGUUCAUCUUCUUAUCCAACGUCAACCCCAUGCUCAACCGGCUGGCAAAUGAUGACCAAACCUUGGUGAGCCACUACACCAAUGCGUUUGCCCUCACCCAGCUGUGCAGUGUUUUGUUUGCCCCGGUGAGUGGAGUCAUCAUGGACAGACACAAGAAAAGACCUCUUGCUUCAGGAGAAACCAGACGGGAGGCAGACCUGAAUUCAUCCUGUCUCUCCCUCGUCCUCACCUCCCUGCAGUGUUUCCUCUUCUGUGUUUGCUUCACCUGUCCUGUCCUCCCUCUGCAGUACUUCACCUUUGUCCUGCAGGUUAUCAACAGCUCCUUCUUUUUUGGAGGCCAUCAAGCCUUCAUCAGCAUUGCAUUUCCUAUGUCCCAUUUUGGGAAGAUUUCAGGGAUUGCUAUGUCCUUGUCAGCUCUGGGGCUGCUUUUUCAAGUUCCAAUCCUUCACCUCAUCCAACAUCAGCUGCAUGGCGAUCCACUUUAUGUGAAUGUAGCUGUCACCUUGCUGUCCCUUCUUGCUCUCAUUCAUCCGAUCCAUGUUAGACUUUACUGCAAGAAGCUGAAAAAACAAAGAACACCCACCACACCAGAAGCUAACGAACAAUUGCUCUUGAAAUAUUGAACUUUUCCAGUUUAGCCAACUAUAAGAAGAAAUCUACAAAAGAAUGGACUGUGAAUGAUACAGACUACAGUCUACUUAGAACAGCAGAGGGAGAGUCUCUGAAAUACUGGAGCUCAGGUUUGUAACUGCUAUACUUCAUGGGAACUCUCACACUUUUUUUUUAUUUCAGUAGCAAUUAGUAGGAUUUUUUAAACUCUUCAUAAAUACUAGGUACUUAGAUAUACUGUGUAACUGUUGUGCUUCGAGGUUACAUUUGGUAAUAACACUGCAUUAUGUGAAGAAUGUAUUGGGACAUGCUUUGACUUGAAUGUGAAGAUAGACAGGCAGAACAACAUUAAUCACAUUAGACACCACAAUGUAUUUUAUUACAGCAUCAGGGUAAAGCUGCUGAGAGUAAUAUUGAUUUGAACCGUCUUAACUGCAUUAUCAAGGAUCAUGUGAUUGUUCACAAGAAUGAAAGAAGUAUGAUUGUCUUUUUAAGCACAAGAGAUUCAUCCUUGACCUGGGUGACACAUUCCUGUGUUUAUAUCUUAAAUGUCACAUAUUAUACGAUAUACACUAAACCGUGUUUUUCUAACACAAAUAUUGGUGCGUUCCAUUUACCUCGGAACUCGGAUUUCGGAGCUGGGAAUGACAUCACACCCGAGUUAACUGCGUUCCAGUUGCAAGUCAGACAAGCAACAUGGAGUACCUUUUGUUUUGUUAGCUAACACCAGAUGAUAACAACACACUGCGUGAUAGUUUCUGACCUGAAAUAACAUGACAACAC